AGUCCUUCUCUCUCCCUCUCUCUGUUCUCAGAGGCUGUGCCACAGUGAAAAUAUGCUCAGUGCAGCCGAGCGCAUGAAUGAAAGAGCCGACACUCUCUUCUAGGCUAGCAAAAUGCAACACCACGCUCAACUUGUCCUCUCCUUCCUUCUGUCCCAGGUGCUGCCGCUUGCAUUUGCGGAAGACUUAGAAUGCAACCCUGGAUUCCAACAAAAGGUUUUUCAUAUUGAACACCCAUCUGAAUUCACAGCGGACCAGCCAGUUCUGAACUUGGUAUUUGAUGAUUGUCAUGGAAAUCACAAAUUGAACUUUGAAGUUUCAAAUCCAGACUUCAAGGUGGAACCCAGCGGGGUUUUAUUUGCACUGAGAAACUUAUCUGAAGUGGAAAGAUCCUUAUACGUCCAUGCCCGGUCAGCGCAGGUCGAAGAUAUGGCUGAAGUAUUGAUUGCAGCCGGAAAAGAAAAACACAGUUCUUUAAAGGAGAUCUUUAAAGCUGAAGGCAGCCUUGGAAACGUAAGGCAAAGAAGGUCGAUUGUGGCCACCCCAAUUCUAAUUCCUGAAAACCAGAGACCGCCAUUUCCAAGACCUGUGGGCAGGGUUGUAGACAAUGACAGACCAGAGGGCUCAAAAUUCAGAAUCUCUGGGAAGGGAGUGGAACAGGAGCCUAAAGGGUUUUUCAAGAUCACUGAGAGUACCGGAGAGGUCCUCGUGACACGACCCCUUGACAGGGAAGUGGCAGCCACCUACCAGCUGCAAGUGGAAAUCACAGACGCCAGUGGCAAAAGCAUAGAAGGCCCGGUCCCUCUCGAUAUCAUCAUCAUUGACCAAAAUGACAACAGGCCCAUCUUCCGAGAAGGGCCAUACAUUGGGCAUGUCAUGGAAGGGUCUCCUACAGGAAGUACAGUGAUGAGAGUGACUGCAUUUGACGCUGACGACCCCGCCACAGACAACGCCCUGCUGAGAUAUAAUAUCCUUAAGCAGUUUCCAGACAAGCCAUCGCCGAACAUGUUCUAUAUUGACCCGGAGAAAGGAGAUAUUGUCACAGUAGUGUCCCCAGCCAUGUUGGACCGAGAAACUAUGGAGAAUCCCAAAUAUGAGCUCCUUAUAGAAGCAAAAGACAUGGGGGGCAUGGAUGUGGGAUUAACGGGCACUGCCACAGCAACCAUUGUUGUUGAUGAUAAAAAUGAUCAUCCACCAGAGUUCACCAAGAAAGAGUUCCAAGCCACGGUGAAGGAAGGCACCACGAACGUGAUCGUGAAUUUAACGGUUGGAGAUCGGGACGACCCAGCAACGGGUGCCUGGAGAGCAGUUUACACCAUCAUCAAUGGGAACCCGGGCCAGAGUUUCGAAAUCCAUACAAAUCCCAAGAAUAAUGAAGGGAUGUUGUCCGUUGUGAAGCCUUUGGAUUACGAGAUUUCAGCUUUCCACACCCUCCUGAUCAAAGUAGAAAAUGAAGAUCCGUUGGUUCCAGACAUUGCCUACGGCACCAGCUCCACAGCCACUGUUCAGAUCACCGUUUUGGAUGUAAAUGAAGGGCCUGUUUUCCACCCGAACCCAAUGGCUGUUACCAAACAGGAAAAUAUUCCAGUAGGCAGUAUCGUGUUCACCGUCAACGCAACCGAUCCAGAUAAAUUGCAGCAUCAGACAAUAAGAUACUCUGUGGACAAAGAUCCAGCCAACUGGCUGGAAAUCAACCCAACAAACGGGACUAUUCUCACUACGAAUAUCCUUGAUCGGGAAUCAUCAUACGUCAUCAAUAAUGUGUACACUGCAUCUUUUCUUGCAAUUGACAGUGGUAACCCUCCGGCCACAGGCACGGGGACACUGCAAAUCACCUUGGAAGACGUGAACGACAACGCUCCCUCCAUUUAUCCAAUGAUGGCAAUGGUCUGUGAAGACCUGAAAGACGUGAAGGUCAUCCUUGGAGCCUUGGAUAAGGAUCUCCACCCCAACACGGAGCCAUUCAAAUUUGAGCUCAGCAAGCAAUCUGGUCAAGAGAAAGUCUGGAAAAUCACCAGAAUUAACAAUACUCAUGCCCAGGUCAUCUUGCCUCAGAACUUGAAGAAGUCCCACUACAAUAUCCCCAUUUCAGUGACGGAUUCUGGGACGCCUCCUCUAACUAACAAUAUAGAACUGAAAAUGCAGGUAUGCUCCUGCACGAAAUACAGCAAAAUGGACUGCAGCGCAUCCUCCACCCUUCACAUCAGCAUGGCCCUAUUCUUCAUUUCGCUCUUCAGUUUACACAGUCUGUAAAGAACUCCUGACAUUUGAAGCUGCGCUACCAAGUUGCCAUGGCGACAAGCAAAGGAUCUACAUCCCAGUCAGAAGAUCACCUUUUACACUUUCGACUCCUCACUUCUAAUCCUCAGUUGUUCCAGUUUGGACAGUCUGCAACCUCACUUCAUCUGCCCCAACUGCACGACUGUAUUUGACGAACUUUUGGCCUCGCUCUGGUUUACCAGUAGAUUUCUUGGUCACGACAGAGGGUUGACGCAGUUGGUUGCCAACUGUUUCGACGGUCACGGCACCUCGACUCGAUCUUUUGGGAGCAGAAUCACAGAAUGACUCAAUUCCCCCCCUUCUCUGUUGACUUGUUGCUAUUCAAAUGUUUUAAAAAAAAUUGUCUGUGGGUUAGUAUUUGUAUAUGUAUGAGUGUAUGUAUAUGUAUAUAUAUUUAUAUAGAGAGAAGAGAUAUACAAUAGGGUUAGCUUUUGUAUGGCAUUAGGUUUGUGGUCAAUGAAUGGAGCAGAGUAGCACAGAGGCGUGGUGACUGGGUAACAGCUAAACCCAUUGUAUAGGCUGCGUAUACAACAGUUUAACCAAAAGAAAAGAGAGUACCAGGAUAGCACCCUGUUGUAAAAGCCACUUUUGUGGCAUCUGUUUUUCUUUGGCAAGUUUUCUAACACUUCCUAUAAUUCGUCAUCUGGGGGGUUUUUUUCAGCCCCUUCUCCCCUUCCUCUUUAAGAAUUGUUGUAUUCUUUCAGAGGCCUAUGGAUGAUAAUAAACAAAGGCAACACUCGCUGUGUCCAGGGGAAAGUAGAAAAUUAGGUUCCUGCUGAUUCUUAAUAUAGUUCACUGCUUCUGAUAUAUUUUCUAUGUGGGCUUUACAUAACAAAAGAUUGGAGGAACAGUAUGGAUGAUGAAUCCCAAAUGGAGUUCUCCCUUUCUCAAUUUGUUCUCACGGAAGUUGCCUACUUGUGUCUUGAGGGGUUCUAAGUUACCACUGGAACCAUUUCUGGUUGAAGAUGGUAGGCGGAUCCCAUGAUUCAAUGAAACCUCCAUACCAAAAACAAAAUCACUGAAUGUAGAAAACCAGAGAUCUGGGAGAAAGAUCUUUCCUCAUGUGCUGGUUUUCUGUGGGGAGGGAAGUUUGCUUUGGUAUAGAAGACCAGUCGGUCAUAGACUAUGGUCUACCUAUGGUGUGACAUGUUACAGACCAGACUCAGGUUUGGUUGACCAUCUUAGUGAGAACUUAGAACUCGCUUUGUCUAUAACAAAACGUGAACAUUGAGCAUUUUCAAUUUUUGCCUCAGGCUCAGGAAUCUCUCAGACAGCCCUGAACAUGAAACAUGAUAUUCUUCCAGAAAAUCAUAAGUUAUGGUAGAAAUGACUGAAAAUUUAGUAUCCUAGGAACUCUUGGGGGGCGGGGCAGGUUGACGGCAUUCAGGCCUACAAAAUCAGUAAAAUUCUAGAUGGUUUUGUCUACCAGGAAACUAUAGUUCUUACUUUUUAUUUUUAAAAAUUUUCUUAACUACUAAUUCUCAGUUCUCUCUCAGCGCCUGUGAAGCUAGCUCUUGUGAAAGUGACACUUGAGCACACCUAGGGGAAAAAUUAUAUAAAUAUAUACAUAUAUAUAAUUUGUUUUGAAUAUAGUAUAUAUACAUACAUACACACACAGGUACACACAGAGUUUUAAAAUGACAAUGAACAAGAUCUCUUUUUUCUUUUUUUCCCUUUCUUUUCUUUUUUCUUUUCUUUUCUUUUUUUUUUUUUUUGGUGUGUGCAAAAUAUUCACACUUGUUUGCAACCGAUAGAAAUAAAGGGUGUUCAUGAUGUAUGAAUAUGAAUCCUUUUUAAAAAAUAUGGUGAGCAUGUAAGAAUCCUUCUAACUGUAUCAUCAAGGCGAUCAUCUUUGUUAAUAAAUUGUAAAUGAAUCACAAAGGUCACACCAAUUUUUUUUGUUUUGUUUUUAUAACAAAAGGAAAAUCAGCAAAAAAGUAUACUAGUGACAGACUGUGGCUUUUAAUAGAACCUGACAGUAACUAGGGUAAGGUAAGUGUCUUAGACUCUUUUAAUAAAGUUGCUUAUUUAAAGUUUAAAUUGCAGAGCUUUCUUAUGCAAUAGAAUGUUGCGGCUGUAUAUUUGGGGUUGGGUUUUAAAAAGAAAUUUACACUUCAUGCUGUAUGUGAUGAAACGUUUUUCCUUCUAUGUCAUACCUCUGUUCCAAUAAUAGCUUUUUAUUUUCAAAUCAUUAAAGAAAUCCAACCACA